CUUUCAUUAUGACAGUUGACAGUCUGACCUGACUUCGACCGACACCGCCAGUCGUCGUCAGUUCAUCACUCGAUUUCACUGACUCGUUCUGUUAUCGCGUGAGUGAAGAGUUUUGUUCGUUCCUCAGUGGGUUUGUCUGCCAGUGUCAGUGAUUCGUGUUGCGGUAAGCAUACAUUAAUAAAUAGAUAAGUAUGUACAAGCGGUAAAAACUUAGCCGUUUGUUCUGUUCUGUUGGUGCUCGACGUCAUUAUUGUCAAUUGUCGUACUGAACGUGCAUCCGGUGUGGUAUGGUGCUCCACGACCGAUGGGACGCCCGGGACGGUCAACAAGCAUAGGGCCGACCAGUGCGCGCGUCGCUGUCGUUGUAUGUUUUUGAAGGUGAUUUUAUUAAGGAUUGUGAAGUAAAGUAGCGACAAAUGUUAUCCAGCGCGCCCUAAUUGAGUUUCUAAUUGUCAAUCAAAGUGCCAUUGAUCGAAACAAUUAUCCGAUAAGAAUACUCCGUUAUCUGGUCACAGAUUGUAGAGAUUAAUCGCAAAGUUCUAUCAGAACCGACAAAGUUGACCCUCUUCCUCUCCUGAUUAUGGAUAAUGGGGUUCUGUCAGCAGAUGCCGUUUAUUAAAUAACCGUAGAUUAUAAUAGACGCAGCAUACAAUGGGGAAACUGCUGAGUUUGUUGGCUCGUGACGAAUCGACUUGUUGCACUCCACAAAAAUAUGAUGUCUUUUUGGAUUUUGAGAAUGCCCAGCCUUCGGAUAAUGAAAGAGAAACAUUCGAAGCGGUUCAACGGGUGUUGAAAAAUUCGGAGUCUAUAUUGGAAGAGAUACAAUUUUACAGAGGAGCUAGGAAAGAGAUCAGGGAGGCAAUAGCUGCUCCUACAGAGGAGUGCCAGCGAAAGGCUUAUCUGGCUGUUGCACCGCUAGUAGCCAAAUUGAAGCGGUUUUACGAAUUUUCCUUAGAACUUGAGGGUGUUGUACCAAAAAUAUUGGGUCAACUGUGCUCAGGAAAUCUGUCUCCCACGCAACACCUCGAGACCCAACAAGCCUUGGUUAAACAGUUUGCCGAAAUCUUGGAAUUCGUAUUAAAAUUUGACGAACACAAAAUGAAAACCCCAGCGAUUCAAAAUGACUUUAGUUACUACAGGAGAACCCUAAUGAGGGCAUCCUUGUCUGGGGAAGAUGACAAUGAACGGAAUAACGUGGUUGGCAAUGAAUUAGCGUAUAGGAUGUCGUUGUUUUAUGCACAUGCAACACCCAUGCUUAAAGUUCUCAGUCACGCUACCAUCACGUUUCUAAUGGAUAACGAGGAUACCCCAAGAGAAAACAUUACCGAGACUUUAGGUACGAUGGCGAAAGUCUGUUUGAGAAUGCUCGAAAAUCCAAAUCUCUUGGCACAAUUCCAAAGAGAAGAAACACAGCUAUUCGUGUUGAGGGUGAUGGUAGGCCUGGUGAUACUCUACGACCACAUUCAUCCACAAGGCGCUUUUGUCAAGGGAUCAAAUGUCGACGUGAAGGGCUGCGUGAAAUUACUCAAGGACCAGCCACCGUGCCAAAGCGAAGGACUUCUAAACGCUCUUCGUUACACAACCAAACACCUGAAUGAAGAAAAUACUCCAAAAAAUAUAAAAAACUUACUAGCCGCAUGAUUUCCAAAGCAGCGAGGCUGCUGCAUCAAAAGCUAAAACGUUCGUGAAAAAGAAGCUUUAAAAAACAAAAAAACAAAAAAAACGAAACCAAACCAAAGUACCAGCCAAUGAAAGUGCAUUUAAAUUUGCGAUUUCAACGCACCGUGUUACCGUAUUAAUUAAAAUGUUCAAAGCUGAGAAUAAUGGAUGAUAUACCAAUGGAACACUAUAUUAUGUAGGUAUGUAUUUAUGUAUAUUAUAAUAGAGAAUAUCGGAUUAGCUUUGUCGAUUCAUCUGAAUUGACAUCGAUCAAUGGUGUAAGAUAAACGUAAUUGUGAAUAGAUUAAAGAACAUAAAUAUCGAUUACAAUAAUUAUUAGAGCAUAUCGUAUCUAGAGGCUAGUACUAUAACUAAUACAUCUGCAAAUAUUUUGAUUAACUCGUGAUAGAAGUUAAAAUUUUUUAAAACAUGUUAAACUGAUCAGAAAAAAACGAAACAGAGAAAAAAAAAUUGUUUCUGAAAAUAUGAAUAAUUAAAUGUGUAAUGUACGUGGAAUAUUACAGUUCACUACGAAAUGUUUUCAAUGACGUGCACAUAGCGGCAAUAAUUGUCAUAGAUUUUACUCCAUUGAUAUUUGAAAGAGACGACGAAAAAAAAAUAUAUUAAAAAAAAAAAAAAGACAAUAGAAAAUACGUUAGAUAAAAAUACCUACUGCGGACAAUGUAAAUAAGGACCAGGUAAUAAAUUAAUCCAUCUCAA